AUGCCAGCCUUUCUCUUUCGAUGCCAACUGCUUCACGCUGCCGCUUGGCUAAGUUACUCAAGCAGCCAGCCGGUUCUCCCACCAGCAUCUGUGCUCACCAAGGGGACACAGCGCGAGACGAGGGGGAGCUUCACCGCAGCACCAGUGAUGCUGUUUGUGUACGAGGCAGGGCAGGCGCUGUCGCGGUGUGGGCUGCAGCUUGCUUUCCAUGCCAACUUCACCUUCUCCCUCUCGCCUCAGUCUGGCCGCGUGGGCUUCAACGGCUUUGCCUUUGUUGUCUCGGCGACGGACCGGGUGGGGAGCAGUGCCGGUGUGGGGUACGGUGGAAUGGACAAGCGGAGCAUGGCGGUGGAGUUUGACACCCGGCAGGACAAGCAGCACGGCGACAUGAGCAGCCAGCAUGUGGGGUUGAACGUUCGAGGCGAGGACAGGUCGCUAGCCGCUGUGAGGUCGCCUUUUCCUCUGAGCAAUAGGAAGGCGUACACGGUGUGGGUGGACUAUGAGCCGGGGGACCCUGGCACCAUCCAGGUCUUCCUGGCUGACUCACAGGAGAAGCCGCAGGAGGCACUGCUGGAGAGGAGGCUGGCGCUGUGUGAGGUGCUGCAGGGUGCAGCCGAGCAGCCCGCCUUCUUCUUUGGCUUCGUGGCGUCCACCACUGUGAAGCCGUUUCAACGGCACGUCAUUCUUGAAUCGACCGUGGACACAGUGCUUGUGGAGGUGACGAUAGUUCUGGUGAAGAUGAGGGCAGUGCCGGCGAAGAUGAGAUCAGUGCUGAUGAAGGUGAGGGUAGAGCUGGUGAAGAUGAGGGUGGUGCCGGUGAAUAAGGGUGCUGGUGUUCAUGAGGGCCUUCCUGCUUCUCCCCGAACAGUCGUACGUUAUCCAGGUGCUUGUUGGGCUUUUGCGCUGGUGGCAAGCGUGGAAGCGGCAUACGGCAUUGCAAUGAACGCAGAGGCGCCACAGCUGUCAGUGGAGUCACUCUUUGCAGCCAUGGGGCUCACCUCCGAAGCUGACAAGUGCAUCACAGGGGGCUCUCCCACCGAAGCGUUUGAAAGGCUUCUCACGCUGCCGCGUGCUGGAGUCACAGAGGCUGGUGCUCCUGUGAGUAGUGAGAAGAAGUACUACCCUGUUCACGGAUUUGAGCGCACGCGGUUCAAGUUGUUUGUGGGGCUUAUGCUGGCAGUGCGACGACAGCCAGUGGUGGUUCACAUCGAGGCUUCUGCUCCAGAGUUUGCGCAAUAUGACAGGACCUUCAAGUUCCAGGAUCCUGGCUGCUAUACCGGCAGACUGAACCAUGUUGUACUCGUUGUUGGCUACUUCGUCUUGAGGAAUGACGGCAGCCAAAGUCGCAUUGCACCUCCAUUUUGGAUCAUCCGCAACUCGUGGGGAGUGGAGUGGGGCGACCGGGGCCACAUGCGCAUGGACAUUCAGGGAGGGGAUGGCGUGUGUGGCAUCAACGUGCUGCCUGGCAUCUACCCCAUCGUCAAAAUGGACGUAUGUGGGUCUGACUUGAAGAACCCCUGCUACGUGGGCGCAUGCAUCAACGAUGGCAAGGGCUCCUACUCCUGCAUCUGCCCUCCCAACUACGUUGCCAGCACAACAAUUGACAGUUUUCCCACCUGCGACCCAGUCCUUGUUCUGUAUUCUGUUGGAUUCUACCAAGACAUAUCUCUCCUUCCUUACCUCCCCUCUCUACUCUGUGUCAGCAGCCUAGUGCACAUAGUACAACCGUGCUCCGUUCAAGUCUCUCUACCUGUUCAGCCCUCCAAAGCUUUCUUCCGCAUCCUCACCGUGACCUUUAGCCCUUGGCAUCAUUCCUCUCUUUCCAGACCCCCUUGCUUCUGUGCUGCGUCACCUCAGCAAGGCUGUCAUGUCAUCUCCACCUGCUAUGAAUCACCUGCGUCACCUCAGCAAGGCUGUCCGUGCUCCUUUUGCAUCAAGCAUCCAAGCCUUCUCUCCUGUCACUCAACCCUCCAGAGCGACACAUGCUGGUCCAUCAGCGCGCAGCUCUUCCUCACCAGCAGAAACCUCACGGCACUCAAUCCCGGCCUCAACUGCUCUGAGCCCAUCAAGGCGGGCCGCUCUCUGUGCAUCGAGCGCAACGCCACCUUUGCUUUCACCGUCCCUCAGUGCUUGCGAUAUGGCUUGCUCACACCACAGGACACGUGUGAGCGCCUGCUGCUGCAGGUGGCGGGGAUUGAGGACGACCCAACCGGGGCUGGGAAGGUGGAUGCCAUGCGCUGGGCUGAGCUGUACCGCAACAAUCCCGGCCUCAUCUGCUCGAGUGUCAUCCCAGCCUCCGCCUCUGCUGUUGGCAGCAACACUGGCCUGCAGGUGAGGGUUGGAGGGGAAUCGGAACGGGGUGCACAAGAGAUGGGAGGGAAAAAUAGAGGGUAA